AUGUCGACACUUGAUCGCCAGCCUUCGCUCGUAAAGGCCGACACCACAAAGGAAAAACCUAUCGACGAGGUGUCGUUGAGCUCCAAGGAUGAGUCUGCUGAACUCUACCUCGAGCAGGCGGUAUUGGCCGAAUCGGGCCACUCCAUCAACUACAGAAAUUGUUCGUGGCAGCGCACGGCUGGAUUGUUGUUUUCCGAAUAUAUUUGUCUUGCUAUCAUGUCGUUCCCUUGGUCUUAUUCCGUGCUUGGAUUGAUUCCAGGUCUCAUCUUGACGGUGUUCGUGGCGUUGACGGUGUUGUAUACGGGUAUCAUCAUUUGCGACUAUUGCGCGGCAUACCCUCAUGUUACCACUGUGUGUGAUAUCGGUCAGCAUCUCUUCUGGGGCAAAAAAUGGGCAUGGUACGCCACCGCCGUGUGUUUCUUGUUGAACAAUACGUUUAUCCAGGCGUUGCAUGUGUUGGUGGGGGCAAGAUACUGGACCACUAUUAGUGAAAAUUACUCACUUUGUGCUAUUGUAUUUGCUGUUAUAACAGCCCUUAUUUGCUUCUUGAUGUCACUUCCAAGAACCUUCUCGUCGAUGUCGUCGGUGGCAUACUUUUCCGCUAUCACCAUGUUUAUCGCGGUGAUUUUGGCUAUGGUGUUUGCUGGUAUCGAAGACCACCCGGGCCACUACACGGGACUUCCCGUAAAAUACAGACUUUUCCCCGAGAAAGGUACCACUUAUGUGGCUGCUAUGGAAGCAUUUUUGAACAUUGUAUACACUUUUGUCGGACAGAUCACUUAUCCGUCUUUCAUUUCUCAGAUGAAACGUCCUAAAGAUUUUAAGAAGGCUCUUUACGUGGUGACUCUUCUCGAGCUUAUCACUUUUGCGUUGGCAGGAUCCAUUGUCUACGUUUAUGUGGGCAACGCCUACAUGACUGCGCCAGCAUUUGGUUCGUUGAAGACGUUGUACAAGAAAAUCUCGUUUUCGUUUGCCCUUCCUACAAUUUUGUUUUUGGGUGCGUUGUACGGUAACGUUUCAUCGCAAUUCCUCUUCCAUAAUAUCUUCUCCCACGACUCCCAACACAGAAAUGAGCACACUUUGGUGGGUUGGGGUACUUGGAUCGGAUUGAACUUUGGACUCUGGGUGCUUGCCUUCAUCAUUGCCGAGGUGAUUCCUUUCUUUUCCGAUUUGCUUUCGUUGAUGAGUUCCUUGUUCGACUGUUGGUUCGGAUUUGUUUUCUGGGGAGUGGCCUACUUUAAGUUGAAACGUCUUCAUUAUAGAAGACAGGGUGAGCCCAACGUUACCAUGGGACAAAUUUUCAAGCGGGCGACUUUGGUGGGAAAAGUGGAGUAUGUUAUCAACUUGGCUUUGGUGGCUAUUGGGUUCUAUAUUUUGGGUCCAGGUCUCUAUGCGACCGUGCAGAGUAUCAUAUGGUCGUACCAAGCCGGUGCCUAUGGUAAGGCAUUUACCUGUGUCAGCAACGGUCUUUAG